AUGGACGAAUACCCGUCGCACAAACAUCUCCAACUUAAAAUAGAAAAUGCUCAGCGCCUGUACACAGUCUGCUUACAAAGAACUUUCAAGAUGCUCCGAAAAUUAGUGAUAGGCACGGGGGCGAUUUCGUUGAUACCUACAAUCAGCGCGGCUACUCCGGUACCGGAGAGCCCUAGCGAGCCUAUAAAACCACCACCAAUGCGGCUUUCCGAACUUCCUAUAUAUGAAGCGCCACAUGCUGAAUAUGGAGAGUAUAUAAAAGAAAAACAUAAUCCUAGAAAAACCAGCUAUUUAAAAACAGUUAUUCAGCCACCUGUGAAAGCAGUCCGGGAAACAGCUGAAAUUGGCAUUGCUCACACUGAGUCACUUCUGCAUACUGUUAAGGAUAAUUAUCAUGAAAUCCGUGAUAGAAGUGAAUGGAUUGUACAGUAUUUAAGAGAAGAAGAUAAUAAACAAAUGAGAUAUGGAGCAGUAGCUAUGGGGGGUCUGACAGGAUUUAUAUUUGGCCUUAGAGGUGGCAUAAUAAGAAGGGUAUUUUAUGCUGGUGUGGGCACUACGGCAAUGGGUUCAAUAUGUUUCCCUGAAGAAACUAAAGACCUUUUCAAGAGUAAUGGUGCUUUAGCUAAACAAUACAUAAAUAUUGCUUAUAAUUUUCUAUAUGGAGUGAAGCCUGGCGACCCACAACUUGAAAUAGUAAAGAAUAGAUUCCUUGGAAAAAUG